GAUUAGACUAGAGGAGAGGAGUGGAGGAGAGAGGAGUGGAGGAGAGUCUGUGCUGCGCCGUCAGGGAGAUGAAGCGGCGGCUGCAGAAGAAGUACAUCCUCCUGAUCCUGGGCUACUCCGUGGUGCUGCUGCUCAUCCCCUACGUGUUGGACUACCACGGCGGUUCCGUGCGCCAUGGAGCCCGGGAGCAGCAGCGGCAGCAGCAGCAGCAGCAGCAGCGGCGGCAGCAGCCCCGGUGUCCGGACCUGGAGAGCUCCAUGGCGCUGUGGAACGCGAGCGCGCCCGCGGCGGAGGAGAGCGCGCGGCCCGCCAACCGCACCCGGACGCACGUCUACCUCCACGCCACCUGGAGGACCGGCUCGUCGUUCCUAGGGGAGCUGUUCAACCAGCACCCGGACGUGUUCUACCUGUACGAGCCGAUGUGGAGCAUGUGGCAGACGCUGUACCCCGGGGACGCGGGGAGCCUCCAGGGCGCAGUGCGCGACAUGAUGAACGCGCUGUUCCGCUGCGACUUCUCCGUGCUCAGGCUGUACGCAGGCUCGGCCAACAUCAGCACCUCCUUCAUCUUCGGCUGGAAGACCAACAAGGUGAUCUGCUCGCAGCCCCUGUGCGCGGCCUACAGCAAGCACCAGGUGGGACUCGUCCAAGGGGACGUGUGCGCCAAGUGCGCGCCCAGAGACAUCCGGGAGCUGGAGAGGGAGUGCAGGAAAUACCCCGUGGUGGUCAUCAAGGACGUCCGAGUGCUCGACCUGGGAGUGCUCGUACCGCUGAUGAGGGACCCCACGCUCAAUCUACAGAUCAUCCAGCUGUUCCGGGACCCCCGGGCCGUCCACAACUCCAGGCUCAAGUCCAAGCAGGCGCUGGUGCGGGAGAGCAUCCAGGUCCUCCGGAGCAAGAAGCAGAGCGACAAGUACAAGCGGCUGCUCUCGCCCGGGAACAGGGUGAACCGCGCCGAGAGCUACGUCUCCGGGGCCAUGGAGCUCAUCUGCGACUACUGGCUCAGCGACAUGCUCCUGGUGAACGGGGCGCCGGCGUGGCUCAAGCGCAACUACCUGCACAUCCGCUACGAGGACCUGGUGCUGCAUCCCAUCGGCGAGCUGCACCGCCUGUACCGCUUCACCAACCUGAACUCGUCUCCGGAGCUGGAGAAGUUCGUCAUGAACAUGACACGAGGACAGGGCUACUCCUCAGACAAGCCCUUCCUUAUCUCUGCCCGGGACGCCAAGGAGGCCAUAUUCGCCUGGAGGGAGAGGCUGAGCGUGGAGCAGGUGAACCAGGUCGAGGCUUACUGCAGCGAGGUCAUGAGGCACCUGGGAUACCAGAAGAGGAACCUGGAGCAGAGCUACAAGGCCUAAGCAGAAGAAUGAGGACAGUGAGAGAAGAGAACAGGCUGAAGUGAAGCCACAGCGAGGGGCAGAUCACCGUCAGUCACUGGUCUGUGGAGGAUGGACAGAGGAGGGACAGUUCUAGUCUCAGAGCAGACGCUCCACAGUGACGUCGUCCCGACUCCAGCAUCGAGAAGACGGACACCGAACACGACCUGGAGGAGAUUUAACACUAAACACGACAGUGAGGCUGAGACGUCUGGAGGAUGACCGGGCGCUCCGUGUCUGGAACGUGGGCUACGUUUGAUCCUCCAGUUCCAGUUCCCUUCUCUGUUAUCAGCUACAGGACAUAUCCGAGUGUGGGCGUGUGUGCGUGUUUAGCUGGAGAUAAAAAAAACUGAAACGCCCCACUUCAUCUUUCACAUACAUGAGGAAUUAAAAGUUGGCUAAACGCCAUAUUUGUUGUGACUCUUCUUGAGUAGAGAGGUUUAUAAUAAACACUUAAUGACGCAUUUAUACUGCAGGCAUUUCAGUAUAGUUGGUGCAUCCUGAGCGUGGGUGGAGCAAGAGAGCGACAGGUAGCGUCUCUUAGCACAGGUUACACUCCUUUCACACAUUUGAAUGUUUAGCAACUCUAUACCCGAGAGCAAGGUUCAUAAGGUUACAUGAAAGCUACAUAAGGUUUCGUAUGUCACGUCACUCUUCCUGAUCUCCGACAUGGUACGUAGAUGUUUAUCUGGCUUGUUGCAAUUAGCAUCAGCUGUCAUUAAGAUGGUCGAUUGCUAAAAGCAGUGUAUAACAGUACCAUGACACUGGGAUCUUAUAGACAUUCAUAACAAUCUAGUAAACAGAAAUAGGCAUGACUUAAUAGUGACAGAAAAGAUACAGAACUCUGUCAGUGAUCAAUGAUCAUAGGUGUUCAUGAAGACGUUAUAGACAAAUAUAAAACUUGACUUAAGAAUUAGGGGGAAUAACCCCAGCCUGGCCAUAACAUUGUCAUGUGCAUUUAGAAAAAGUUCAGAUAUGAAAUUCAAUGUAGUGAAAAGGCCCUCUGAUAUGUUCAUAUGUAUUCAUAAGACAUUAUAAGCAAAAAUAAUAUGGUCUGUUUAGUCCAAAAGUGCUCAAAUGUGACUCUAAAGAGAUUAUAAGCAUGAUAUGGGUUAAAAAAAAAAAUAUAUAUAUAUAUAUAUAUAUAUAUAUAUAUAUAUAUAAACAUGGUCAUGUGAUUAUAAACAUAAGUCAAAUUCUCCAGUUAAUUGGGCUUGAAAAACUACACAGCUGUGUUAUUACACUCGGUCGUAGGUUUCCAUAGUACAAAACUGAAGGUCAGAGAAAAUAUACAAUAACCCUGUUAUUACAAGUGUCAUGACGCUCUGGUUACAAGAGUGAAGUCAACUUGACCUUAAAUCUCGUAAGCGAAAAUAAUAACCUUUGCUUAAGGACAUAGUUGACUUUCUGUCAUGUUAUGGUCAUAUGUAUUCAUAAAGAUGUUAUUACAAUGAUAUAUCUUCAUUUUAUAAAGAUUAAGAUAUUAUAAGCAGAAAUAUAAACUUUCGAGUAGAGAAAAACAUAGCUUGGUCCUGACGUGGAUCUGUGAAGUUAUUAAAUAUUCAUAGGUAGAGAUAUGACGUUUCCUGUUAAAAGCAAAGAGAAUGUGUAUAGUUGUGUCAUGAGAGGGAUAUAAUGGUUCGUAAGCAUUCAUAAGUGAAAAUAUGACCUAGCUCUGUCAUGACAUGGUCAAAGGUGCAAGUAAAGAUGUUAUAAGCGGAAUCAGCGGCAUUUAAUUCAAAAGCUCUAAAAAGCUCUAAAGUGACAUUAUCAUGCAUAUUCAUAAGAGUGUUAUAAGGCAAAUUAAUUGUUAGCAGUUGAGAAACUACACGUGUUUAUUUCGUAGUUGUUGUACAAAAUAUGUGUGAUUGAAUUAUGUGUCAUGAUGCCCUAGUAACACACUUUAACACAUCUGACACAUAAAAGAUGAAUGAAAUGCCUUUAUACAUGUCUAUGUAGGCUCAUCAGAUGUCCCUGUAGCCUUAUGAACACUGCUCUGAAGUAUAAUGUUUAUUAACUGAAUUAAUGUCCUGACAGUAUUAUACCGUAUGAAAAAUUAUCAUCUCAUCAUGAACUGACAUGAACUAGCUACGUCGAGUCGAUGAACUCACACUGAACAAAAAAUGUAUAUAUAUAUUUAUGAAUACAUUUUGUAAA